GAGCACUUCAGCCAAUAACAGACAGAUCUGAAGCACUUCAGCCAAUAACAGACAGAUCUGAAGCACUUCAGCCAAUAACAGACAGGUCUGACUUGGGUGCAAAACCAAUCAAAACUUUCUGUUCGGCUAGGGGGCGGGACGUUCAAACCGCGCGUUGUUGACAUUCAAUCACUGGCGCUCGUGUUUUGUCUCAGUAUCGCGAACGUUUCAAUAUUUCAGUGAAUGUAAGUGAGCUAUGCUAAUAUUCUGAUUUUAAACGUGAAUAGCAACACCUGAAAUACGUAAUCCCAUUGAUAAUACCAGAGCACUGAGCAGUUAAAGGAAAUAAAAACUCGGCUCAUAACAUGGACGGAGUUUUUGCACUGACGGAGGAAGAACAAUCUCCUCCCACAGCAAUUACAUCAUCAGUGAAGCUCCUCCCAUUGUAAUUCCCCUAUAAAUGCUGUAAAUUCCCAUCAGCUGCAAGUGAAGACGAUCAUCAGAGCAUCAGGAAGAGCUGAAAUCUGCAGACUGAGUUUAUUAAAGAGGACAGUGAGAACAUGAGUGAUCUAGAACCCUGCAGAAUGAAACACACUGAAGAUCCUGAAGAACAAAGAGACCCGAUGGAGGAGAGCGAGGAGAGAGAAGAACUGAGUGAAGUGGAGGAAGAAGGAAAACCCUCUAGUUGCUCAAAGACUAAAAAUACAUUUUUGAAGAAAAGAAGAGCAAAAAAAUCUUUCACCUGCACUCAGUGUAGAAAGAGUUUCACAAACAAACAUAGUUUUGAGAUUUACAUGAGGAUCCACACUGGAGAGAAGCCAUACAAGUGUUCACACUGUGACAAUAGAUUCAAUCAGUCAGCAGAAGUGACAACACAAGAGAGGAUCCACACUGGAGAAAAACCUUACAAGUGUUCACACUGUGACAAAAGAUUCAAUCAGUCAAUACAUCUGAAAGCACAUGAGAGGAUCCACACUGGAGAAAAACCUUACAAGUGUUCACACUGUGACAAAAGAUUCAAUCAGUCAUCAUAUCUGAAAACACAUGAGAAGAUCCACACUGGAGAAAAACCUUACAAGUGUUCACACUGCGACAAGAGAUUCAAUCAGUCAUCAUAUCUGAAAACACAUGAGAAGAUCCACACUGGAGAAAAACCUUACAAGUGUUCACACUGUGACAAGAGAUUCAGUCGAUUAGGAAGUCUUAAAACACAUGAGAAGAUCCACACUGGAGAAAAACCUUACAAGUGUUCACACUGUGACAAGAGAUUCAGUCAGUCAGCAACUCUGAAAAUACAUGAGAGGAUCCACACUGGAGAAAAACCUUACAAGUGUUCACACUGUGACAAGAGAUUCAGUCAGUCAGCAACUCUGAAAACACAUGAGAUGAUCCACACUGGAGAAAAACCUUACAAGUGUUCACACUGUGACAAGGUAUUUAGUCGAUCAACACAUCUGAAAACACAUGAGAAGAUCCACAGCAGAGAGAAGCCGCACACGUGUGAUCAGUGCGGAAAGAGUUUCUCUAUUAAAACUCACCUGAAACAACACAUGAUGAUCCAUUCAGUGGAGAAACCACAUCACAGCAAUCACGACCCGGUGGAGGAGAGUGAGGAGAAAGAAGAACUGAGAGAAAUUAGCACACGGAUACAUACAGACAUCUUGAUAUAA